AUGUGUGGGGAGGCCACAAAAUUAAAUGAUACAAACUAUAUUUCAGAAUGCGAAAAAGAUGCACUUUUUGUAAUUGAUUCAACCAGUUCAGUUCGACGAUAUUUUGAAGAUCAUCGAGCAUAUGCUGUUGAAGUUAUCAAAGCAAUUCUUCCAGACGAUGACCAAACAACUAGGAUUGGAGAAUUACCAUUUUUCGCGGGGAUAACGGCCACCGGUGCAGCACUUGACCUUGCACUUAAUGUACUGCAAGAGCGGCGUCCAAAUGCAAUUACUAACGUUAUUAUUAUUACAGAUGGUUUCAGGUAUGUUAUAUCCAAUAUUGAAAAAUAA